GGGCCCACGCGCGCAUUCCGUCGAGCACAUCGCCUGCAUAUAUACCCCACGAACGCGCGCCGUGGAUACCAGUACACCACCCACAAGCCACCCAUCGCAUUCGCAACCGCUCUCCGUUUAUAUCCCCGGCCUCACCACCUUGGCAUCACUACUUCUCCCUCCUCGCAACCUUUCCCCCCGUCUCGUUGGAAUCCAUGGCGUCCAAGUCCGCGGUCACCGCAGGUGGGCAGCCCAAGGAGAAGGAGGAGCCGUCCUCCAUGGCGGACGUGUACAACCACGAGCUGACGCCGCUGCAGAAGCACGUCGCCUUCUUCGACCGGAACAAGGACGGCGUCAUCCACCCCUCCGAGACCUACGAGGGGUUCCGCGCGAUCGGGUGCGGCGUCGCGCUGUCCGCCUUCAGCGCCGUCUUCAUCAACGGACUGCUCGGUCCCAAGACCAUACCGGAGAACAUGAAGGUUGGUGCUUUCAAGUUUCCGAUCUACGUAAAGAACAUCCACAAGGGCAAGCAUGGGAGCGAUUCGGGCGUGUACGAUGCCAAUGGAAGGUUUGUUCCUGAAAAGUUUGAAGAGAUAUUCAAAAAGCAUGCUCACACCAGGCCUGAUGCCCUGACAGGCAAAGAACUGAAUGAGUUGCUUCAAGCAAACAGGGAGCCGAACGAUUUGAAAGGACGAGUGGGUGGCUUCACAGAGUGGAAGGUUCUCUACUCGCUGUGCAAAGAUAAGGAGGGAUUUCUUCACAAGGAGACCGUCAGGGCGGUCUACGAUGGCAGCCUGUUUGUGAAGUUGGAGCAAGAGAGGAAGCAAGCUAAAGAAUCUGCCAAGAAGAAAUGAUGAAAACUAUCCCAAUACCCUCUUAUUUGUGAUUAUGCGCAAGUAUGCGUAAAUUAUGGUGUGCUUGCGAGUAUGGUUCUGUAAAUUAAUGUUGUGAUUUGAUUUCGUGUGUUUGCUUGUUCUUUUAUGGAAUGAGAAUUCAAAGCCUGUUUGUCUAGA